AUGUAUGGAAUUUCGUCGUUCUACUGCCGUGAUCCACCAAAUCUCACGUGUCUGACAUGGAUUGGAAUUGAUCUGGCUGUUGCAGCUUCUCAAACCGAUCGUUGCCUUUACGAAAUCAUCGUGCCUCCGUCUCUCGGACAGGUCCGCGUUUCCCGUAUCAGCGACCCCAUUCCAUCAACAAUUAUCUCUAUGACAGCGCUUCCGCCCGGGAAUGGUUCUAGCGCCUCGUCUUCCACGAGUGGCCCAGCUGUGAUGGCUAACACGGCUUCAUCGUACCAAAUCACCAAGGGUAGCGGCAGCUCGUCAACAAGUGCAAGCCAGGCUACCAUUGUGGCUGGAUGCGCCAAUGGCACCUUGAUUUUCAUUCAGGCGGAUGUCCUAGGCUUGGGAUGCACUUCUCAGAGGGUCAGCGUUCGGCGCCAGAAAUCUAUUUCCGUCUCGUCCUAUGUCGGAGGAGAAGACGCCAUUCAUCCUGUUACAUCCUUGUGCAUGAUGCAGCCGCGAGGGUCGUCCUUGUUGGUUGGAUUGGAAACGGGCACUGUUCUCCUACUCACCAUGAUGGGCGGGCUAUACCAGUUCAGACAAAUCCUUAAAUCCAAUCUCAACGCCCCUGUUCAUGCCAUUAACUCCAUUGACCGGAACAGAGCCGCGAUUGCGUACGGGGGCAGUGUCACAGUGAUAAACAUUACCAAGAAUAACUCUACUGAGCUUAGCUACAAGCUUCAAAGCGACGGAGACGCUAUCACGGCCUUGGCAAACACGGGUCGUGUACUCGUCUUGGGGUGUGAGCAUCGUGGGGCCAUAGUUCUCGACCUCCUCUCUGGACUUGAGAUUUCUGUUAUUCCUCCGCCACCCUAUGAUGCCGUCGUCUCCGUAAGCAGUCAGCCCGUAGCUUCGAACGGAUUUAUUAUUGCCACAAGACGCGGGGUCGUCAUUGGAUGCCGUGAGAAUGGUACCGUGCGUUCGUGCGCAACCUUGGAGUAUGAUUCAGCUCAUCUACCGGUCUCAAAGAUAGCCGCAGACGGCGCCCCUGCCACCCUCCUUUCCCCCUUGGCAGACUCAUCAAUGACCAAUGUGGAUGAAAAUCUUGGUAGCUCGGUUGGUGGAAUACGAGAUCUAGCGUUCGCGCCAUAUGGGGGCUCCUUCUUGUGUCUUUGUCUUAACGGCCUUGCUGUUGGAUAUCUAGCUCCUCAACGACUGUCGAGUGGUUAUAUUACCAUAGAGGUCACGGGUCUCACAACGGUCAUGAUAACCGAUGCACGUCUUCAGGUGUCCGAAGUCUACACAGCCCCAGAGCCUGUUAUCAGUCUUUUUCUAUCUAGAUUUGCUCACACACUAAGGCUUGGUGCAACCACGGCAUCGUCCGUCAUUGUCUGGACACCGCCUACAAUGGCAAAGAUAUCCUCCUUCUCAUUAGAAGGGGGAAUGCCCCUGGUUACCAAAAUUCAGUGGAUUACAGAGCCGGUCCGUUCAACGAGUUACGGAGACAUGAUACGACCAUCUACCGUGCAGAAUCAGCCUUCUACACAAGGCCUUCCCAAUCGUCAACAGCAGGAGUUAGACUUUGAUAACCUUUUGGAGAAACCAGGGGACACUCUGCAACAGACAGAGUCUCGACCGCUGCUGAAGAGUUUUUCGCAGAAGAAGCUUGAGCAUGACAAAGCAUCGAACCCGCCGAUAAAAACUGCUGCAUAUGUUAGAAAUCCUCCCCGUUAUAUCGUCCUUGGGGAUAGCUACCAUCUUGUCGUGGAUAUUUCUGGAGAAGCUAACAUUGUGAGUGCAACCACGCUGGCGCUCGUUACUAGUAUCUAUAUCUCCUCUUUAGACAGCGAUAGACAGAUUGCUAUUAUAGAUUCUGCAUUGGCAUAUGUUGAGGGAGGAACUACCUUGCGCAUCAUCGAUCCCAGGUCAGGGAAUUUCAUUCUGCGUGGUGUGAUUCACCACAAGGCUGUUCUGGACCUCACUAUCGGUAUCUCAAGCCAGCAACACAUCCGUAACGCGUCGGAGACAUCCGCCAAGGAAGGAACCCAAGGUAAUGCUGUCAGUGACUUUGCUCUUGGAAGCGUAUUCAGUAACCUAACUGGACAUCAGGCUGGUAAACCAGUUGACGCAACAGCCUCGACUUCUUCUCUCAAACAGACCGAGAUGUCUAGUAAUGAUGCUUCAAGCUACGUACUUGCUCUUUUGGACACGAGUAAUAGCUUGUAUGUUGGCCGCUUGACGACGUCUCCUCAGGCUUAUGCUAAGUUAGGAAACUCCAUGAGCACAGCGAUUCUUCAGCAGAGCAAAUUUCUAGACUCCAUUCCCUACUCUAUCCAGUUCAUUGCGCAAACAGAUUUACUAUGCAUGCUCAUUUCUGAAAGCCAAUCUCUUCCUCAGGCGCUGUCCCAAAUAGGAGAGACAGUAGGCAGUGACUGUAAGCUUAGAUUGGUGGUGGACGCCUGUCCCGUGCGUACAAGCAUUAUAACAGAGGACCCUGUGUUUGUAACUCCCACGACGAUAGAUUAUUCGUCAGUUCAGAGAUCCAAUGCUGCAGUCUCUAUCUUUGAAGAGGACCCGUCUCGUAUUCUAGCGGCUUACCGUAUGCUAUCGCGCUCCAAUAUACACACAAUACACCGCAUUACCCCUAUGGUUCUCAAGAACGACGGACUAAUGAGCAAUGCUAUUACAAUGAGCCACGCUGUCCUAGGCUUGGCCGGGGACUCUAGCCAAAUGGUUGUCGCUGUGCCAGAGUUCAGUGUCUUACUAAAUUACCUCGCCAAAAGCGGAAACACUCAGCGGGCGCUUAGACUUUGUCGAUUCCUUGAUCAGAAGCCUCUCUGGGCCCAGAUGGCAACAUACUGCAUUGAGGCAAAUAACAUACAGCACCUGCAAAGCGCUUUGAGUGGUCUAGGUAUGGUUGCAAAAGCAUCCUACUGUCACAGCAUCUCGUCACAUAACGAGGUCAAUGCAGGGGCAGUUAAGCUGGCUAUCGGAGACCCGGAGGGGGCUAACAUCCUAAGUAGCCAAGGAAAGAUAGGGGCUGCUAUCCUUGCUGCGUGCGAUCUCUGGAACUUUUCCAAGGCCUUGGAGCUGUGCAGGGGCAACAAGAAGUACAUGCCACUUCUCGUAUACCUCAGAACAAAGUACCACAACAACCUGGGGAUGAGUAACUGUAACAACGAAGAGCCGUGGUUGUCUCUUAGUAGACAGUACGGCAAUGUGAGCGAAGACGAGAUCCAUAGACUCAUGAAGGGCUAG